AUGAGCACAGUGGAUAAGGUCAAGAAAUCUGUUCUGGGUCAUUCAAAGAAUGUCACAAAGUAUCGUGUACUUUCCUUCCUGGUUAUUCAUGAAGAUGGAUUUGCGCAUUUAGAAAUUCUCUCUUUGUUGAUUUCUACUUUUGAAGACUCCAUUUUUACUUUUAGUGAAUCCAGUGUGUCUAUAACACCUGCCAUAGAAUACGACACCGAGAUGUUAAAUGCAGCCUAUGGGGAUAUUUUUCGCUACAAAUGUAAACAUCAUGAGUUAAGUCAGUUGUUUAAAUUGUUUUAA